CUGAGGAGAGCAACUAGAGGAAAAAUCCGAAGUAGCUAGCUGUUCUUAAUCCGAAAAAAGAAUGGAUUCAAAGGGCUUCAAUUGUUCAGUUAUUGCACUUGUUUCUUGCAUGAUUUUAUCCUUUUCAGUCUCUUCCUUGGCCAAAAAACAACCACACUGUCCACUUAAAGUUGGUUUCUAUCAACAUACUUGUCCCUCGGCUGAAUCCAUUGUGAGAAAUGAUGUGAACAAAGCCGUUUCUCGUAAUCCAGGCAUUGCUGCUGGCCUUAUCAGGCUACAUUUUCAUGACUGCUUUGUGAGGGGAUGUGAUGCAUCUGUGCUAUUGGAUGGACCAAAUUCAGAAAAGGAAAGCGUAGUGAAUAAGAACAGUUUACGAGGUUUUGAGGUAAUUGAUGCAGCUAAAGCUAAGCUUGAGGCUGCAUGCCCGGGAACUGUCUCGUGUGCAGACAUUCUCGCCUUUGCUGCUCGUGACAGUUCUUACAAAGUUGGAAAAAUAAACUAUGCUGUCCAAGCAGGACGUCGUGAUGGGCGUGUUUCUAUCAAGGAUGAGGCCUUAACCAAUCUUCCAUCUCCAUUUGUGGGUGUCAAGGAACUGAUCAAGAGCUUUGCAAGAAAAGGGAUGUCGGUUGAUGAAAUGGUCACCCUCUCUGGUGCACAUUCUAUUGGUAUUGCUCAUUGCGCUGUUUUUGCAAAUCGGCUAUACCCUCAAAACAAGCAACAAAAUCUGCCAAUUGAUCCUGAAUAUGAAAGAAUGUUAAAGUCCAUUUGUCCACCAGAAUCACUUACAAAUGGAACAGGAGUCGCUAACCCUGCGAAUCUUGAUGUCCUAACACCAAACAGGUUGGAUAAGAAUUACUACAUGGCUUUGAAGAGUAAGAAGGGGCUAUUAGUUUCUGAUCAAACAUUGAUGAGUAAUCCUAAAACUGCGAAAAUGGUGAACUUCAACGCGAGAUAUGGGCGCGUGUGGGGUAAGAAAUUCGCAGAUGCAAUGGUGCAUAUGGGUACCUUGGAUGUCCUCACAGGGUGGAAGGGUGAAAUCAGAAAGAAUUGUCAUUUCGUGAACUAAUUUGUCAUUGUGAGAUCAGGAAGAACCGCAAUGUUGUUAUUAUUUUUUAAUUUAUAACGGCGCUGUUCGGGGCAGCUUACGUUCAUCUUGGCUAUAUCAGUGGUCUCUGCUAUCUUCCACCAGCACAAACACAAGGUAAUAUGGCAGGAAGAACUGCUAUAUUUUGCUGUGAACUAAUUUGUCAUUCUUUCAGUCUUCUUUUUAUGGUUUUUGUGAGUUGUAAACAUCCUACUGAAGUAAGGAUCGACGGUUCAAUCUUUGUUGAA